AGCACCACCACCGUCCUGGCCUUGUUCACAGCCAUCAUGGUCCCACCCACAACCGCAUCGCCUCUCUCUCCCCGCCAAGGCGGCGCCUUCGUCGCCGUUGGCCUCAAGUACUCCGGCCCGGGCUGCACAGCACCCACCCUCAUCAACGCAGACCCGAUUUUCGGCAGCGGCAACGUGUGCCAGCCGCUCGACCGCUUCAACACCGGUGUCGCGAUCCGAAGCUACAGUACGACGAGCGUGUCGCCUGGAUGCAGUGGUAAGUUGUUGCUGUUA